AUGAGCUCUUCUAGGGGGCGAAAGAAAGCAGCUCUAUAUGAAAAGCUUCGGGCUGCCACCAAUUCUACUGCUAUGAACAGAGCUUCAAUUAUAGUUGAUGCAUCCAAAUACAUCCAAGAGUUGAAGAAGAAAGUCGACACACUCAAUCAAGACGUUAAAGCUUCACAAAAUCCAUCGUCACCGGCGGUUACUGUGGAAACCCUAGAAAAGGGUUUUCUUAUAAGUGUGUUGUCAGAAAAGAACUGCCCAGGUUUGCUUGUUUCGAUCCUAGAAGCCUUUGAAGACCUGGGCCUUGAUGUGCUCGAUGCUAGGGUUUCUUGUGCAGACAAUUUCCGACUGGAAGCGGUUGGAGGAGAAAACCAAGGAGAGGCUGAUAGCAUAGACGCACAGGUGGUGAAACAAGCGGUGUUGCAAGCCAUUCAGAACUGGAGCCAGAACAACUAG